CACUUGUUGUCCUAAAAAAACGCGGGUAUAUUUCUCCACCUCUCCCUCGGUUUCUUCUCCGCUUUCGCUCCUCAUAUCCUCUUUGUUUUUCUAUAUUUCAAUAUCAUAAUUUCUCCCCAAGCUCCUUCUCUCUCUCUCUAUGCAUCUUUUUUCCUUUGGCUCUCUCCGACUAGAAUCCGGACGGGACUGGCAUUCAAGGGAAAAAAUUGUCAGAGCCUAGACCAGAUACGCCUUUGAUCCCACCAUCUACCUCUUCUUCAUCAUCCCGAAAGCUCCCUGAUUUCAAAUGCGUAGUGGGGGCAACUUUCCUUCCUUUGAAUUAAUUUCCCACUACUCUCUCGAGGAUUCACAUGUACUGUACGAACACGGCCAGGCUCGACCAGAAAUCAUGCAUUUCUCUUCUGAAGAACUGCAGAUCGAUGGCUCAUCUCAAACAAAUCCAUGCCCAGAUGUUCAGGGUUGGGAUCCAUCAGGACCCGAACGCUGUCAAAAAGCUCAUGACCUUUUGCACGGAACCGUCUCAUGGAAGCCUGCGCUACGCAGAGAUAGUCUUCGAUUGCAUACAAGACCCGUGUUUGUUUAUAUACAAUCUCAUGAUAAAAGCGGUUGCCAAGAAGGGUCGCUUCAGGAACGCACUUUCCUUGUUUUCAAAAUUGAGGGGAGAUGGUUUGUCACCCGAUAAUUUCACAUACCCAUUUGUUUUCAAAGCGAUUGCGUGCUUAGGAGAGGUUUUGGAGGGUGCAAAGGUUCAUGGGUUUGUUGUAAAAUCUGGACUUGAGUUUGAUACCUAUGUGAGUAACUCAAUUAUGGAUAUGCAUGCACUAUUGGGCGAUGUUGAGUGUAUGAAGAAGAUAUUUGACGAAAUGCCGGAAAGAGAUGUGGUUUCUUGGAACGUGAUGAUUUCUGGAUAUGUUAGAUGCAGGAGAUUUGACGAUGCUAUUAAUGUUUUUAGGCGAAUGCGUCAACGUAGUGAUUUAAAGCCUAAUGAGGCUUCAGUUGUAAGCACUCUAUCAGCUUGUGCGGCAUUACAAAAUUUGGAACUUGGGGAGGAAAUUCAUCGUUAUGUUAAUGAAGAGCUUGGAUAUACCACUCUAAUUAUUGGAAAUGCUUUGUUAGACAUGUAUUGUAAAUGUGGGUGUCUGAGUACAGCCCGUAAAAUUUUUGAUGAGACACCGAGUAAGAAUGUCAUUUGUUGGACCAGUAUGGUAUCUGGGUAUGUGAACUGUGGUCAGCUUGAUGAAGCUAAAAGGUUGUUUGAAAGAAGUCCAACCAGAGAUAUUGUUCUUUGGACGGCUAUGAUUAAUGGGUAUGUGCAAUUGAAUCGUUUUGAUGAAGCAGUGGCAUUGUUUCGAGAGAUGCAAAUCAAAAGAGUUAAACCAGAUAAAUUUAUAGUGGUUGCUCUCCUUACUGGUUGUGCUCAGUUGGGAGCUCUAGAGCAAGGGAAAUGGAUUCACGAAUACAUAGAUGACAACCAAAUUUUGAUGGAUGCAGUUCUUGGCACUGCUAUUGUAGAGAUGUAUGCUAAAUGUGGGUGCAUAGAGAAAGCUUUGGAGAUUUUCUACAGCUUAAGGGAAAAAGAUGCAGCCACUUGGACUUCAAUUAUAUGUGGGCUUGCCAUGAAUGGUAAGACAAAUGCGGCACUCAAGUUGUUCUCAGAAAUGGAAAGACUUGGGGCUAGACCUGAUGAUAUCACAUUUAUUGGUGUUUUAAGUGCUUGUAGUCAUGGAGGACUCAUAGCCAAGGGCCGCAAGUUAUUUGAUUCCAUGAAACGUGUCUAUCAAAUUGAGCCGAAGUUGGAACACUAUAGUGUUCUGAUUGAUCUGCUUGGUCGAGGUGGGCUUUUAGAUGAAGCAGAGGAGUUAAUCAAGAAGAUACCUGACCAAAAUAGUGAAGUGGUUGUCCCACUUUACGGCGCUUUGCUUAGUGCUUGUAGAAUUUAUGGAAAUGUUGGGAUUGGUGAGCGUGUGGCGAAACAGUUGGUGAAUUUGGGGGUGAAGGAUUCCAGUGUUCUUACUCUUCUUUCCAAUAUAUAUGCCUCACUUGACAGAUGGGAAGAUGUAACAAAGGCAAGAAGGAAAAUGAAAGAUCUUGGAAUCAGAAAGUUUCCUGGAUGUAGUUCUAUUGAGAUUAGUGGAAUAGUCCACGAGUUUCUUGUUGGAGAUCUAUCUCAUCCAGAAAUUAGAGACAUACACUCCAUGCUGGAAAGGAUAGCUAAACCAUCAUUGGGUUCUGAACAAAACGAAAUGGAAGAUGAGAACUUAUAUCCUAUUGUAUUUUUAUGAAGAAAGCUCCCUUUUUGAUAGAAACAAGUGCUAACGAUGGUACAAUUCGUUAUAGUGGUUGAAACAAAUGGAGACAAACUAGCGGGGUCAACUGGCUUUAACGAUGUUGCGGGGUAUAUUUUUGGAAAGAACUCUAAAGGGGAGAAGAUACCUGUGUCUACUCCUGUUUUCACACAGGCAUUUGAUGCCAAGCUAUCCAAAGUGUCCAUUCAGAUUGCUCUUCCAUGGGACACAGAUAUAAGCUGAGGAAUGAAGUGCUUAUUUGGCUUGAAGAGUUCAAGUUGGAUUGAUGUGUUAACUAUAGCCAUCUCCUCACUGGAGUGCCCUGUUGAUUGUUCUCCAGGCGUCGAAGUUACCGCGAGAACUUAAGUUUCAAUGAAUUAUCAUCAACGAUUGAUCAGUACAGCUGUACAGGCAUGUAUAAGGAUGGAAAGAAGAACAGUAAAUUUACCCAAAUUUGUUCUCUUGUACCUGUUUGUUGUUUUUUCCCGGUCAAAUAAAGAUAUUUCGGCAGAAGUCUCUUGUAUCCCCCACAAAGAUGAUAUUGUUCGAAUCAUUAGAGACAUUGUUGGUUGGUUUUGCAAGUUGGAAUAUAUGUGGAGUACGUUGAUAUGCUGUAAACAUGUGGGUUGUUUUGCGCAUUCUGUAUCUGUCAAGAAUGACAUCUCAUUCCCAGGUCCCAGCUGAUUAUCUUUAGGAUUGUAUUCUUCUAAUCAAAUGUUUUUAUUGUCGGGAAAAUAUUAGAAAAUUCAUGGGAAUUAACCUGGCAUUUAGAGGGUGGAAUGAGUGUGUGAAUUAUCCGUUCUCUUGUUUGAUUGAUUUUGGGGACGGAAUUCUAAAUUCAUUUGACUCUUUAUAUGAUGAGAAUGAUUAUUCUCGACGACGGGGAUAAUGGGUUUUAAUAUGCAAAAUACGACUUUGUGCUUAUUUUAUUUUUUAAAGGCAGUACGCGCCGGCCGCCUUCACUUGUCGUACUCAAAAACGCGUGUAUAUUUUCUCCACCUCUCUCUCGGUUUCUUCUCUACUUCCGCUUCUCAUAUCCUCCUUGUUUUUUUAUAUUUGUAUAUCCUCAUAUCUCCUCAAGCUCAUUUUCUCUCUCUCUCUCUCUCUCUGCAACCUUUUCCUUUGGCUCUCUACGACGUGAAUCCGGACGGGACUCGCAUUCGAGG